UGUUUCCCUUCCUUCUCUCAGUAACGCAACACACACAGCAGCAACAGCUGCAAAACGAUGCAGAUGAAAGAAAGGGGUAGGAGGAAAACGGGAAAGAGGAGAGGAGAGAGGGGAGGAACGGCGCCGGCGAGGAGCCGCUUCGCCGCAGCCGCACCGCAGCAGCAGUCCAUGCUACCAGGGUCACACCUUCACACCACCACGUUGCCACUGAUUUACCACCGUUAAAGUUUCAUGCGUCGUCACUGUUCGCGCAGAAGAGGGUUUGAGGGGGAGCAGCGGUCUCGCGCGAGCCAGAGGAGCUCAUCCUCACCGAUCUGUCACCGUCGGGGUCACCGCACUGUCGUCCUUGCCAGCUCCGAAUGAGAAGCACGAUGGGGCUCCGUUUCUGCUUCCCUGGUUUGCUGUGAGUGAGCGACAUUGGGAGAGAGAGGGAGUCACUGUGGAGCCACGAGCUGUGCCGGUCGCCGCCGCGUCGCGUCAGAGAGUAAGGCUGAGACUGAGCGGCGCUGGGAGAGAGGACGACGCGAGCUGGAGGUCCGGUCGUCGCUGUGCUAUGGAGCAGACUGAACUGCGCCGCGCUGUUGGGGUUCUCACUGUCGUCGGAAAAGGAUUCAGGCCACCGCAGGUGUCGCGGUUGGAGGAGGAAGCUGUGCCCCUGUGUUUUGACCGCCGGGAGUGGUUCUGUGACUUCCGGGAUCACCACCGGAGCUCCAGUCUUAGCCUCUGCCGCUUGAGACCCUGCUGCCAUUGCCGGAAAAGGUUGCCGGUAAGAGUUUUAAUUGUGGUUUCUGUCUUUUUUGAAUUCUGGGAAUACUAUAGUCGCUGCGUGUUGGUUUCAGAUGUCGUGAUCAGAAUUUGUAGCCGCUGCCGCUUGAGGUGGCUGCCGGGCUGCCGCCGAGCCAGCUUGGAGACCGUCGCUGUUCCGGUUCAGCCGUCCUUUCUUAGUUUCGUGUUGCUAUGGUUAUUGCAAAAGUGGCUGGGAGCUGAGGUUUUGGUUGCUAGUAAUUUUGAGUUGAGGCGGAAAGGACUCUAUGAGACGUUUGAGUUAUGGAUUUGCGUUUUGAGGAUUUGGGCGCAAAAGUCACGAAGAGUUUAUUUAGUUGUGAUUGAAAUGCUCUGUAUGCUUUAGAUUAUUAUUUUGCUGUACCCUCGCCUUUAUCUUGAUAUCUUCUGUAAGAGGGAUAGGAAUUGUAUUGGUUAAUGCUUGUAAUAUUUACAUACUUGUAUGUAUAUAUAUGGAUGUACCCUUUAUGAGUUUUUGUAAGUUGUAUGGUAUGUAUGGAUGUACGUUGUAUAGCAAAAGUAUUUUUGGAGGCGGUUUUGCGGUUAAAAAUUUUAAACAUGCUCAUAUUUUAGUAAUAAAUAGUAUAAGUGUCGUCAUAAUGUCCGAGCUAUCAGAGUCGCGCAGCCGGAAGCAUGAGCUUUGGUAGUUAGGGUGUUACAUCUGGGCUAAGGUGGAAGAGUAAUUUAAUAAUUACUACUUCUCAUACUUGAAUUUCAUACGUUUUGUAUUGCUUUGUGAUACAUUCCUUUAUCACAAAUGCACAAUCACCAGGACAAAUUCACUUUCAUUGUUAAAAGGGACUUUUUUUACAAAUCUUUCAGCUUAUUUUACGAAAUGGAAGAAUAGUAGUUGAGGGCUGACAAGGAAAAAUUUCGACUAAGUUAAUGUUCAGAGGGGGGAGAAGAAGAAAGGGACUGUGCUUUCUGUUAUACGUGAAAAUUCCUCCAAGAGUAUAUGAAAUGUUUGCAUAAAGAGGAUUGGUUAAAUACCCUUCUGAGGAACUUUGUCCUAACUUAAUUUUGUAUUUUUGUUUGCCAAAAUUUUGAAAAUAAUAAUUUCAAGGAUGUUUCAGGUUCAUAAUGAUGUUGAGGUAAGAGCAUUGUUCAUGCUGUUCUCCAGCUCAAGCAAUUGAUAGUGAAGAAGACAUGGAGGUUUCGAGUGGGAGACAAGCAAGGCACUAUACCCGUUAUGCUUGGGCUCUCGAGACAGCAUUCUUUCCUCAGCUUUGUGGACUCGUGUAAAUCAACAAAAAGAAGAAGAGUACCCUGUACCAAACAUUUAUGGCACUGUUUUGAAUAUGUAUCUAGAUUCUUAGUCAGUGUACCAUUUAUUCCUGCUACAAUGCAAUUGAUGAUUGAAAAAAAAAAACAAAAAAAAUAAGAUCAUAUUUUAGUUAAUCCGUUAGCUCAAGAAAUGUAAUAUAGGAAUGUAAGAAAAGUUUUG